AUGAAAAAUAAUAAGGGAGGUCAUAUUGGUCGAAUGACUUCAAUACAAUUCCCAAAACUUCCAUCAUUAAGUCGUAGUGAUAAACAAAGAAAAGUUUCAUUAGAAGAGAGUAAUGAAUUAUCAACACCUACUUUACAAUCAUCACACUCAGAAAAAAAAGGGAAUUUAAUUAAAAAAUUUGGUAGUAAUUUGAAUCAAAUGUUUAAAACACCACGAGUUAGUUUUAUGGGAAUGAUCACACCAUACGUUCCUCCUAAAAACGAAAACAAUGAUAGUGAAAAUGAAAUUAAAGAAGUUGACAGUGUUAAAGAAGAACAUAAAAAUGAAGAAUUAGAAAUAACAAAUAAUGAAAAUGAAAAGUAUAUUAUUGUUGGUGAAGAAAUUACUAAAAUUAAAUUAGGAGAUCGAACAUUUCAAAACAUCCCUUUAAUUCAAUUGUAUAUCCAAAAAUAUAUCUUAGUUAAUUUAAAGUAUCAAACUAUUAUUCCAUUCGAUAAAUUACCACUUAAAGAAAAACUUGAAUUACUUGAAGACAAUGGCUUAUCUCAAUAUUCUUCAAUUAUUUCUUCAAUUAAUGAAAAUAAAUCAAGUAAAUUUAAUGUUAGUAAAAUGGAAUGGAAACUUAGAGGUAUUAAAGAUAAAGACAUUCCUUUUAUUAUGGAACUUAUAAACACUCAAGACAUUGGUAGUAAAUUGUUUAAAAAAAUAAAUGAAGAGAAUUAUAAAGAAUUACAUAUUGUUCUUAUGAUUAUUAAUGAGUUAAAUAAAGGAAAUUAUCCAAAUCUUUAUGAAAUUGGCUCUAUUAGAAUUGCACUAUUAUUAUGGAAACAUUUUUUCUUAUCAUUACCCAAUCCAGUUAUUGAAGAAGAUGUUUAUAAUGAAAUGUUAAUAUCUCUUGAACAAGGGAAUAUUAAAAAAGAAGAAUUAAUCCAAAUGGAAGAGAAUGCAUUAGGUAAAAAAGGAGAAAUAAAAAGAGAAAUUUUUGAUUAUACAAUCAAUUUUAUUAAAGAAUUGGUUGAUCAAUGUAAAAUGAAUAACGAAAUGCAACAAGAAUGUGCAAGUUAUUUUUUGAAUUGUUUGUGCCAAGGGAUGGUUAAUAAAAAGACUGUUACAUCUCUUAUUUCAUUAUUAUCAUCACCAUCUAAUAAUGAACAAAUUAUACAAUUUGAAAGUACAUGGCAAUAUGAAGGAGAGUUUAUUGAACAUUGUUAUAAUGAUGUUUAUUGUCCAUUUAAAUAUAUUACAACUCAUGAAAUGAAAGAUGACUCCUUUAAUUUUGAUUCAUGGGAACAUGGUAAACUCUUUUUAACAAAUUAUAGAAUAAAAUUUGUUCCGGAUAAUUGUGAAGAUUCAAGUAAAACACAAAUAAUUUCAACACUUGGUCAAAUACCAAUUAAUUAUAUUGCAAGUUUUAGAAUUGAAGAAAGAAAUCAGUUAUACGGAUUGGUAGUGUUUUGCAGAAAUUUUACUCAUUUAUUUUUUGGAUCAAAACAACCAUUUGAUUCUAUUGAUAAAGAAUUUGUUCAUAUUCAAUAUCGGUAUCAACCAUUUAAUGAAUAUCAAUCAAAAAAUUUUGAUGAAAACAUUUUGAAUGAUAUAGUUCAUUUUGAGUAUAAACGAAUUGGUUAUUCUUUUGAUGAAUUAGAAUCAAACUCACCAUCUAAGCAAUAUAAAAUUAAUGCACCUAUUGUUGAAGGUAUUGAAUGUUCAGAUACAAGUAGAGUUCCUUAUGUUGCUUUCCAAACAAAAAAUAAAUCUAAAAUUAUUCAAUUCUCUUUGUCUUCAAGUAUCUCUCUUACUUCACCAACUCCAAUUAUUUUUAAUUCUAGUAUUUCUAAUGUUGUAAAAUAUCUCAUAACAUUUCCUGAUAUUGCUCUUAAAGAUAAUGAAAUGUACAAAACAAUGAAAGACUUAGAAAUGAGACUCUUUGAUUCAUACACAUCUAAUGCAAAUGAAUGUAUUCAACUCUUUGAUUCUACAAUGGAAUGUUACUCUAAUCAAGUAGAUACAGUAUUUCAAAUGGUACACAAAAUAUUAUUAUUAAUUCAAACACCAGAAACGUUGUGUGUUCUUCUACCAAAUAAAAGACAUUUGAUGGAUUUGUACAUCUUUUCUUAA